UCAGACAGCGCGGGGGCUGAGCUGAGCAUCGCCACCAGCAUCAGGGUGAGGAUGAGGAUGAGGAUGAGGUUCGAUUACAGCCGACAACUGGUCAGCGUCUCCGCCUCUGCCGCAGCAUCAGCAGCAUCCGCGUGAGUGACAGACCCUCUGAACUCUUCCUGAGCAGAAAAGCAGAGGAGAAGAAGUGAAAGGAUGGACUCCAUCUCUAUGAUGAGUGGUAGCAGAAGCCACGUGUCCCUGACAGCCUCCUCUUCCUGCUUCUCCUCCUCCUCCCACCACCACUUCCACCACACCCAGGCCUGUUUUCUGCCCAGCUGCAUGAGGAAUGGAGUUGCAGACACAGGUGCUGCAUGUCUGGCUGCCCAGCCCACAGUGGCCAUCCUGGGCUCAGGUGACUUCUCCAAGUGCCUGACCAUCCGCCUGCUGCGUCAUGGUUUCCAUGUGGUGGUGGGCAGUCGUCACCCCAAACAGGCAGCCCAGUCGUUUCCCCAUGUGGUGGAUGUGACACAUCAUGAAGACGCUGUGGGGAAGGCAGCUAUUGUGUUCCUGGCAAUCCGCCGGGAGCACUACUCUGUCCUGUGGGACCUCAAACAUCUCCUGGAAGGAAAGAUCUUGGUGGAUGUGAGUAACAACAGGAGGCUGAACCAGUAUCCAGAGUCCAACGCUGAAUAUCUUGCUUCACUGCUGCCAGACUCCGUCGUGGUCAAAGGCUUCAAUGUCAUCUCAGCCUGGGCCAUGCAGCAGAGCUGCCCCAAAGAUGCCAGCGCACAGGUGUUCGUCUGCAGUGACUCGCUGGAGGCACGGCAGCAGAUUAUGGAGUUAGCACGCCAGCUGAACUUCCUGCCGGUGGACAUGGGCACCCUGUCCUCUUCACGGGACAUUGAGAACUUGCCCAUACAGUUAUUUUCCAGCUGGAGGGGCCCUGUCCUCGCUGCCGUGGCCCUCUCCAUCUUCUUUUUCGCGUAUUCUUUUGUGCGCGAUGUCAUUCACCCAUAUUUGAAAUACAAGAAGAGUGACUUCUACAAGAUCCCCAUAGAGAUGGUGAACCGGACUCUGCCCACUGUUGCUAUCACUCUUUUGGCCCUGGUGUACCUGGCGGGCCAGCUGGCAGCGGCCCACCAGCUCUAUUAUGGAACAAAGUACAGGCAGUUCCCACGUUGGCUGGAGGGCUGGCUGCAGAGCCGGAAACAGAUGGGCCUCCUCAGCUUCUUCCUGGCUGCUGUGCACGUCCUCUACAGCCUCUGUCUGCCCAUGAGGAGGUCUGAGAGGUACCUGCUGCUCAACAGUGCCUACCAGCAGGUCCACGCUAACGUGGAGAACUCCUGGAAUGAGGAGGAGGUGUGGAGGGUGGAGAUGUACAUUUCCUUUGGGAUCAUGAGUCUGGGGCUUCUGUCGCUGCUAGCCAUCACCUCCAUUCCUUCUGUCCACAGCCAACUCAACUGGAGGGAGUUCAGCUUUAUACAGUCCACUCUGGGCUACAUCGCUCUGCUCAUUGCCACCCUCCACGGCCUGCUGUUUGGAUGGAAGCGGGCCUUUGAGGAGGAGUCGUACCGCUUCUACCUGCCGCCCAGCUUCGUGGUGGCGCUGGCCCUGCCCGUGUGUGUCAUCCUGGGGAAGGUGGUGAUGCUGCUUCCAUGCAUUGCCCAAAAGCUCCACCGGAUCCGCCGAGGCAUGGACAGCCGUCAGUACCAGUGCCGGCGCCUGGAGCCGGUUGGCUCGGCUGCCCACGUUUCACCCGAGAGAGUCACCAUCAUGUGAUGGAUCCGCUCCGUCACUGGGAUUAUCACACAUACUGCCAUGUGCCAUGCUGUUUUACUGAAGCAGAUAAACUAUGCUGUAUUAGAGAUUCUCACUUUGUGAAAAUGAUUCUUAUUUUGUUAUUGUGAAUAGGAAUAAAAGGUAUGAAAUGUUCAUAUCAGGAUAUGCUUUAAACUCAUAAUAUCCCAUUUAAACACACUGAAAACAGUAAUCUUACAUUUAGCUAAGAAGAAAUAGUUUAUUUUUUUGAUUCAUAAAUGAAAUCACAUGGAUCAUUCUGUCCAUACGCUCCUUCAUUUGGUUCGUAUCAGGAAAAGCUUUCAGAAUUUCUCCACAUCUCAGAGUUUACAGAUGCAGAGGAAACAGAUGAGCUCAUUUUUACUGAUACUGACCAUAACCUUUGAUUCCAAAUUACCAUUUCGUAAAAACAAGUCAUGUUUUUUUAGCUGCUAUAGCUAAUAACCAUGUCAUGUGAUUAUCCUGAGCAAAAUCAUUUAGAUUCAUCAUAUCACAUCGUAUUGUGAUUAUUGUAAAAAUCUGCUUUAAAAUCUCGUUUUGAAUUUUAAGAUCAUCAGAUGCAGAACUAUGGAAUUAUAAAUCUUUAGGUCUGAAUGUUAUUGAGCUGCUAAACAUCGGGAUUAUCGCAAUAAUGAAAAUUCACCACAGUUAACUUGUUGUGUGUUUUAUCGUGAUGUGCGAUAAAAUCAUCUCCAUUGUUAACGGUGUUUGUUUUAGUAACUACAGACUCUUUCAUGCUACAUUUGAUCAUUACUGAACUGUCUGAACUGCCGUGUUACACCAGUACUUACGGUAUGUUGUGGCUGAUGUCACUGAGACAGUGUUGUGCUGGGAGUGAAUUCACCGCAUUGAGAAGUACGGAAAAAAAACAUGGCCGCAAACAUAUCUCAGGCUAGCCAGUGUUAGCCUCUUGAUGGUAUUUUGUUGCACACAAACAGCUUAACGACACGUCUAUGGUUAAAAAUGAAACAGUACUAUGUGUACGACUGAUUUACUGAGAUACAAAUAUGAUACAAGUGCUAUUACGCUAAAGGUAGCAGAGGUUAUAUGCUAGCAGCCGUCUUGGAAACUCCUUGACCUCGGAAAUUCCGAGUUCUGACAACAAAUGGAAUGCACCAGUGGACAUUAGUUAGUUAUAUGAUUAGUGUAGACAUCAGCUGAAAUCCAUAUGAAGUAUAUUGUAUUGUCUCUGCUCAGAUGCUAACUCAGGAGAUGAGAUAAGAUGAGUUGUCAUUGUAUUGACCUCUAUCGGGAAAUUCAGAAAUGAAGUGAUCUCAGUGUCAGUGCUCGGAUUCUGAUAUGGCUACAUAUCUGAUCACAAGUCUGAUUAGAAUAUCUGAUUUCUGUGUCCACACGGUGACUUCAGCCUGUACAUGGCAGAGACAGCGGUCACAGGUGGAGUGUUGUAGUGACGUACAGUUUUAACUGGAGGCUUGUCAGAUCUCUUUUUAAUCUAACAGCUCAUAGUAAAGUCAAACUGUCUACUGUCCUCACGUUCUGCUCAUCCUUGUUGUCAUUUGUGUGACAUGUUCUUGUCCUGAUGUAUGUGUUGAUUGAGAAAUAUGAGGUCAGAGAUGUGAUACUGCAGCAGGUAAUACUGUGUCAGUGAGAUUCAUGGACUCACAAUUCAGUGUCGGUCAUGGCACAUGUUUGUGUUGUUUCAUACAGUCAGUGAAGCUGCAACAGCAGAGUGAAUGAGUGAGAGUGUCAGCCUCAUGAUACACACAGUUAAGAUGAUCUGAUGUGUGUGUGUGUGUGUAAGCUGUGGGGUAUAACACUGAUGUCACUGUUGGAAUAAUAGUAAACAACUAGAGUACGCUGACGCUACAGUCGGAAGAUGAUUCACUCUUUAUUAAUGUCACCAGUAAAAGUACUUUGCUGACUUUCCUUCCUGGAAGGGAUGGUUCAGGUUUUUCUGAAGUGUGGUUGUAGUUAUACAUAGUCAGGGCUGUGGUUCCCAUUCCAGAACCUGGCACGCUUACUCUCACCGAAAACAUGGCUGCCAGCAGGGACAAAAGGAAAAACAGAUUUUAGUCUUAGCUAUCUUAAGAAUAUGUCUGCUGCUGUGUUUUAUAUGAGACAUCCUUUGCAGAAGAAAACUGAAGUUUGUAAAGUCACAGUACUGUAAAGUACUCACUCCCUGCACCAAAGUCCACAGAGUUGUUGACACACUGCUGCUUCCAUUAGUCAUUUCAAAUGUGUUAUUUUGUGACCUAAGUGAUUAAAUCCAUCAAUUACAUUUACCACGAGUGAAUUCACAGCAGUCGACAAACAUGCUGAUUUUCUCCAUGGGUUUUGGUGUGGGAGAGUGAGCAGUUUCCAGAUUAAAAAAACUGUCUCAGUUGGAGGUCUUAACAUAUUUGGACUUAAGCAGCGUAGAUGUCUUCUCAGGUCUUUCAUUGAGAGGCUAAAAUAGUUUCCGUGGCACCCAGGAUUUCAGAGAGAGCAAACGUCUUAUUUUGUCAUGUAUUUGAACCUCAAACAACACUUUGAAAAACCCAAACUCUUCAUUUUUGAACAGUUUUUUUUCCCCCUCUUGCAUCAACAAAUAAAAGUAAAUGUUGGA